AUGGCAAUAUUUUCAAGAUCACCCGCAGCUCUACGAGUAGCGCGAACCCUCACCACCCCAUACGCUCGACCGACUAACAGCCAAGUCCCGACUACUCGCAGCUUCUCUGGCUGCACGGAACUUCGGGGGGCGGAUCACUCGCAUGAAUCUCAGUAUGAUCCGCCCAGUGGAUGGCUCUUUGGCGUGAAGCCCGGUGAGAAGCGCAAGAAAGAGGACUGGGAAGAUAUUUGGGUCUAUGGAUUUUUUGGAAGCUUGGCUUUUGGUGUCAUUGGCUAUGCCUUUCAGCCGGAUACUUCGAUACAAACCUGGGCUCUCGAAGAGGCACGUCGAAGAUUAGAGGCAGAGGGGAUCCUUAAAGAGCCUGAAGACAAAUUGUAG